CUUCCUUUCCCCUUGGGGCCCAGUUGCCCCAGUCCUGCCUGAGCCUGAGGAGGAGUUGGAGCAGCUGGCGCUGAUCCUGUGCCUUAUCUAGUGCGCUGAUUUCAACUCUUGCUGGUGCCUGUUGCCUGGAGAUGGCCCUACUUCUUCUCCUCUUUGGGGGCUUCUGGGCCCAGGUUCUGGGGACCACAGUGAUGGUGAGAUCUAUCUCAGGAAAGCCAGAUUCUUUGGUCCCUGUUACCUCGGAGGCCCUAAAUCCCAACUCAACAAUCUCUGUUGGGCUUGUGAAAAAUGACCCUAAGGAGGUUGUCAGUGUGUGGACGCAGACCUCAGCCAUACCUUCCUCAACUCCCUUUGGAGCCAGUGAAGCGUCUCCUGUUGGGAUUUCCAUGGCCCCCAGCACCAGCACCCCUGUACCUGAGCCAGCAACAUAUCAGGAAAUUUCCACCAAGGAAUCAUUGCUUCCAGAAGUAUCUACUGUGCCUAGUGACCCUGCUGUCAAUGUAACAGUGAACACCCUGGGAUACCCCACUGUGACAGAUAGAACCAUGACAUUUAACUCCUUGGAAACCUCCGAUGGGACCAGUGGCUCUGUCACCAUGGCAACAAGCUCCAACACAAUCAGUGGUUCUCCUGUCACUACGGGUACAAGUUCUCUGGAGCCCUCCUAUGACACUCACGGAGGUCCUGGCACCACGGCAGCCGGCUCUCUGGAGACCCUCUAUGCGCUCAUCAGCUCCCCAGUGUCCAGCAACGAAAUAUCCACGAUGUCUACUCCAGCAACCUCUGUCAACACAAGCACUGGGUCUGAUGAGUCAAACGGCAUGUUGCUGGUGCCUGUGCUUGUGGCCUUGCUGGUGGUCAUGCUCCUUGUGGCACUGCUCCUGCUGUGGCGCCGGCGGCAGAAGCAGAGGACAGGGGUCCUGACCUUGAACAGAAGUGGGAAGUACAAUGGGGUGGUGGAUGCCUGGGCUGGGCCAGCCCAAGUCCCUGACGAGGAGGCCAUGACAGCAGUGCCAGCAGGUGGUGACAAGGGAUCUAAGGUUGCUGAGACAGAGGCCUCUGGGCAGCGUCCUGUACUUACCACCUUUUUCAGCAGACGGAAGUCUCACCAGGGCUCUCUGGAGCUGGAGGAGUUAAAGUGUGGGUCAGGCCCCAGCCUAAAGGGGGAGGAAGUGCCACUGGUGGGCAGUGAGGACGAGGCUGUGGAGGUCCCCACUUCCCGUGAGUCAGUAGCGAGAGAUGGGGCUGGACCUUAGUGCUAGUGACUAACAAGAAACUAGAAGUCUUGUAGCUUCCCUCACCUUCCCGCUAGAAGCUCCUCCAACCUCAUCCUCGCUGGCAUUGUUGAUCCAGAACUUUCUGGGUUCCCACCUAACAUCUUCACUUGGAAACGUUAGCUAGCUUCUGAACCCUGGAGUCUGUAACCAGCAUCUUCACCCAGCGCCUGCGUCUAGCAUCUGGCUAGUGCCUGUGACUGCUGAACGUCUGGGGACUGAAGGCUCAGCCCCUCCUGCCCCCCCUCCACUCAUCUCCCCUUCCUCCCCCCUCCUCAGCUCUCAUCUUCAGAACAAUCUUAGUUGACCUAGAAUUUCUCCAUAUAUUCCUCUGGGUAUGAAGGGAGAAUAAAAUGACAGGCCAACAAAUUCCCUAGGAUUAAAUUUUAUAAAGUACAUGGUGUUCCCUGCUGGGCCAGCUCCUGAGCUUGCAUUUGCUUUUGGGCCAGCUUGGAGCCUGGGUGAGUGGGGUCAUCUAGAUGCACUCUCAGGUGGACCGGGACCUUCUCCAGAGCACCCUGACUAUGGACUGACCUAUAGCCAGUACCACAACACUCUCCCCACCUAUGGAUCGAAGCUGCCAGAGACUGUUAGUUCUCCGAAGGACAGAGAUAAGAAGUGUUUGCAGCCAAGGUGAGCUCAUAGACGCCCCCCCUCAUGCACCUGAGGUCCACUCGGGUGCAGUUUGUGUGCAAGACAUGACAAUUAGGCUAUAGUUGUGAAGGGUACUGGUGAGUGUAGCCAGUGGGAGGCUGUGGGGCAACCUGGGAGACGUCACUUCCAGAGUGAGGGCCACAGGGCCUGCUGGUAACACAGGUGCCCUCAUCUUCGCUGAAAAUUCAAGUCUGUCUAUUGCCUCUAAAAGAAUGCAACAAGGGUGAGUUCUUCAGUUAAGUACCAUCUCCCUUCCUCAAAGGCUCCCUCACUCCCCUGCACACGUGCAUGCACCCGCCCAUGUGCUCCCGCGGGCAGGGGAGAGAAGUCAGCCUCAACCUCAGGGACUGGACACUGCAAACCACUGGUCUCUGCUGGUGCCUUUGCAUGCUCCAUUUCUAUUUUCUCUUCCAUUCUAGGAAUUCCUUCUCUUUCUACCCAGAAUCAAGCAAGAGAAGUAGAGGGAGAGGGAAGGAGA